GACACAGCAUUUACUUUUUUCCCCUCAACAUCACCUGGCAAUCGAACCACAUUUUCCUAGUAUAUUUAUUUUCCCUAUUUUACAUCUCUUCAAACUCCCUAUACCCCUCUCCUCUCCUUUCACUCUGAUGAUAAUCUUGCCUCACAAUUCAUUGAGAAAAUCAGAAUAAAUCAGAAAAGAACACCCACACCUUACUAUUUCCAACUUGUCUACCUCUGUCUCCCUUGCCUUCGAUGUUGUCACUGCGCACCUGCAUCUGCCUCGCACAGAGAUCCUUGUGAUUAGAUUGGGCCCACCACGCGAUAGCGCGUACUGCGUCCUCGGGUUGUGCUAAUCUAUGGAUACUGCCCUCUCUUCUCAUUUCAGCAGACAGUUGCACAAAAUGUAAAUUCCAUAUUGAGUAGUAACUAGAUGCAUGUUACACCUCAUCCCACAACAAGUAACUCGCCUUCCUCUAUUUCCCCACCUUCCCUUUGCAAAAAAAAAAAAAGAGGAGUUCGGAAAACUUAGGGUCAUCACUUCGGUCUUUUGUCACGUUUCAUUGGCUUCAUUGGGCUCAACGCGACGUAAACUAUUUAACUUCAACACGACCAGCGUUGAGAAGCUGGAGGUAAACUUAGCCGCCUGCCGAAGACGGACAGCCAGGGGUCAGUCAGCAGAUGCCUAGCACUGCAUGCUGGGAACUGUAGUCCGCUGGGGAGACCUGGUCUGGUAGGACUGGUGCCCCGCAGCAUGCUGGGAGCUGUAGUCGAGGGUUGUUGAGACCCCGCCUCUGCACGGCUACUGAGCCUCACUGCAUGUUGGGAACUGUAGUCUUUUCCAGAGCCCCCGCUUCUGCAGCCUGUAGAGGCGCCAAGACUGCAGCCAUUUUAGGUCCGGAGGUGCGGCGGCCGAGAAGCAGAGCGCAGGCGGGCUCAGCCGGGAGCUGGGCCGGCCCCGCCCCCGGGGCGCCUGGCGCCCGCCCCUCGCCGAGGCCCCGCCUUUCCCCACGUGUCUGCCGCCUAGAGGAGGCGCCUCAGCCGGAGCGGGCCCGCCGCCGGCCGACCGCGUCCGCACGGAGUCUCCUGUCGGCGGCGCCCCGGAGCUGCCGGGCUGCCCGAUGCUUCCGCCCCGGCCGCCGCGGGCCGGGCUGUGCGCUUAGUGCCCGGCUCAGGCCCCCUGAAGCGCCCGCGGGGGUGAGAGCGGCCUCGGGCCCCGCGGAGACGGAGCGGCGGGAGGACGAGGCGGCGGCCGCGGGGAGGAGGAUGGGGGCUAACCAGUUAGUGGUGCUCAACGUGUACGACAUGUACUGGAUGAAUGAAUACACCUCAUCCAUUGGAAUUGGAGUUUUUCAUUCAGGAAUCGAAGUAUAUGGCAGAGAAUUUGCUUAUGGUGGCCAUCCUUACCCCUUUUCUGGAAUAUUUGAAAUUUCCCCAGGAAAUGCUUCUGAACUAGGAGAAACAUUUAAAUUUAAAGAAGCUGUUGUUUUAGGGAGCACUGACUUCCUAGAAGAUGAUAUAGAAAAAAUUGUAGAAGAAUUGGGAAAAGAAUAUAAAGGCAACGCUUACCACUUGAUGCAUAAAAACUGCAAUCACUUUUCUUCAGCUUUAUCAGAGAUUCUUUGUGGGAAGGAGAUUCCUCGCUGGAUCAAUCGACUCGCCUACUUCAGCUCCUGCAUCCCCUUUCUACAGAGUUGCCUGCCGAAGGAGUGGCUCACGCCCGCCGCCCUGCAGUCCAGCGUCAGCCAGGAGCUCCAGGAUGAACUGGAGGAAGCAGAGGAUGCUGCCGCAUCUGCUUCCAUGGCGAGCGCUGCCGCGGGCGCCAGACCCGGGCGCCACACUAAACUAUGAAUGUCUCCAGAGUCUCACUUUCAGAACUGUCUGUGGCAGUCGAAUAUCAGUAGGGAAAAGUAAACAGUAAGCGUCCUUUGGAUAUUUUGUAUGCAAAGAUGGCUCUCCCCCAAAUCCCAGUUUUUCAGCUCAGGAUUAUAUUUGUAAUCAAAAAAUCACUUGGCGCAGGAGGGAGAACUUUGUCUGAAGCUGCCCUCUGUUUUUUUUUUUUACCCACUUGUAAAUUUGGAUUUACUUCUUCUGUUUUAUACAAGCUCUGUUAAGUUAUGUUUACAGUAUUUUGUAUCGCUGUUUACAAAUCUUGCAUGGACUCCUGCCACCGUGAAAGAAGAAAAUCUUCAUGUCUUCAAAAGUUAGGCAGGUAAUCUUUGUACACUUCUGACAAUUGCCAGAGCUGUGGCAUAAAUAAUAGGCACACAAAAAGGUACUUACACAGCUAUAGUCGUCAUUACCUGCUUAAGAAUUGUCCGUUAGAUUUCUGUUUGUUUUGUUCGUAUUGUUGGCACCGGGAUGCAGAGGGCCAGCUGGCCUGUGAGGGAGCACACACAGCCCGAGGGCGUGGGACCCAGGGUCCAGUUCCUCCUCGCACUCCUGCCACUGUGAGUAGCAUGUCUCCCAGGGUGCCCACGGAGUGAUCAGUUUCACCCCGAAUAUCCGUCCAUGUAGGCAGGGUGGUAUACUCUUAUGUCUUUCUGGCUUUGCUGCCUCUUGUUCUACAAUUAUGUUUUUUGUUAAAGAUAUUCUUGUUAGUAACUGACAAGUGUUUUUGCACAUGUUUGGGGGAGGGGCUUCAUUCUUAUUUUAAUACACAUCGAUUUCCUCGCUGCACAGGACUUUGUUGGUGGUGUAGGAAUAUCCUAAGUGGUAGCCUUCUGAGUAGCAGUAUGAGUUGACAUUCAACUGCUUUUAACUAUUCAGGCUACCUUUUUUAUACUGGACCUUGAAAACCAGAGUUUAAAGCAACACACCCCCAAAAGGUAAUUCUUUGAUAUUUCAUAUUUUUUAUGGACCAUAUCAAAAUAUGUCAGAGCUUGUUAAUUUGUUAUGGGAGUUGUUUCACCUCAUAAUAGAAUGCUUAGUCUUAUGGACAUCUUGUUAUAUUUGUGUGUGUUAAAUUUUGUCCUAUGUUCUCAAAUGUAUGUCUCUUACAUAGCAUACUCUAAGAAUGAAAUUGUCACCACAGAUAAAUCCUCAUUAGCAGGGAAUCUGUCUGUUCUAGUCUACUCUAUUUUACCCUUGGCUGUAAGAACCAAGUCAUUGCCUUAAGAAUGAAUGUCCUACACAAAAUGAUAGAUGCAGCAUAUAAAUUAUCCAAGGCAGUGACUUCAGCUUCAUAUAUAUGUUGUUAGUUUUAAAGUCAUUUACAUUUAUUUAAACUUUUAGAUGGGAUUGUUUGCUAUUGCUCUGUGUGAAGAUACAUAUCUUUCAGUAAACUACAUUUUUAACUUUUCCAUAAGCUGAUUUUCGUUCAUUUUAUCAACUUAAGCACACCCUGUUCAUAGGGAAAAUAAAGCUUGGGUUAUAAGCAUUGGCCUCAGGACAGGGAAGCCACUUAACCUAAUUUAUGCUUUUGACUGUCCUGUUUGCAGAGAGGAAAGCCUUCACAAACUUCUCUCAGUUCUUUAGGGAGCAGAACACUUGUUUUAAAAGUUGUGACAGAAAGAAGAAAGGAAUAUAUGAACGUUAUGAAAUGUUGACUUGGUUCAGAUCUCAAAGUGACAUUUGAGACAAAACACUAAGGCUCUAACAGUGAGAUGUUCACUAAAAAGAGCCCUGUCACCAAAACCCAGGUUAGCAGAAAGUGUUUGAUGUAGUUAAUGUGGAUUAUAGUUUUUUCUAAUUCAUUCAAAUAUACAUGAUUUAAACCUGGGCUAUGGACACAAAGGAAUAGCCAUUACUUAGACACUUCUUGGUGAAUAUCUGGGAACAUCCCAUCUGCACUUAUCCAGAAUCCAGCAACUCAGCAUACAGAUGAUUUUAUUAUUAAUUUUUUGUAUUUACUUUCAUCUGCAGCAUUUAGAAUUUAAAAAUACUGUAAAGGGUUCUAGUAGAAAUAGUGUUAUAAGGCCAAUUAUCCUAACAAUCAGCAGAUAAAAUUCUGGACAUGAGAUUCCUUGCAAUCUAAUUAUGCCUGAGGUUGAGAAAUAAAUGUCUUCCUUCAGAAAAUCCCAUUCAAGUCAGGCCUUCUCUACAGUUCAAAAUUGAGAAUAGACUUAAUUAGCAUUUAACCAGCUUUUACUUGCCCUUGGAGGAAAAGAAUCUUGUUCUCAACUUAAUUUCCGUUAAGAAAAAUCCUGUAUCAAAAAUCUGGUCAUAUGCAUGUGAUAUGACGGAGUCUGUUUGUUGUAACCAAGUGGAACAUCCUCACGGGGGGGCUGGAUAGUAAUAUAGUGUUAGAGGGGCAGAAGCUUCUGGUUUCUACUGUUUGUUUUAAAUACCCUUGGGUUUUGUUUUGUUUUUGUUUUAACCCUUCCAAAGGAGUAUCAGCUUUGGAAAGUGUGACUUGUGGGCCCGUGGAAGGCAGUGGUACACAAUCUUAGCCUCCACUUGAUGCCUGAACUCCAGCCAACUAUUGCUCCGCCUCACAGCAAUAGUGCACGUUACCCAUCACCAGCAUUUGUACAGAGCAGGGAAUUCUGGUUUCAGUCAGUCGGUGCAUCGCAUGUGUGAGGAGAUUCAACAUGACAGACAGCUGCGGGACUCUAACUCCAUGGCUUCUUUCCAUCUCAAAACGGGUAGAAACACAUUCACUGCUUCAGGGUUCUAAUCUGUGUCUCUCCUUAUGGCUCCAUUUCUGUAAGAUACUCUAGUUUUAAUGUAUGCUGUAUUUUCGUUAAAUGACUAAGUUUCAAAGAAGGGGUUUUUGUUCAGCAAGCUGGCCAUACUGCCAUCGUAUCCCCCUUUCUUCAGUAUGGUUGGUUUUAGAGUACAACUCAAUUAUUAGACUUUGUCUACUCGUUCAACACACAUCUUCGCUGUUUGAAGGGUGUUACAGCUGUCAAAGAAUCUUCAUGGACCUGAAGAUAAUUUCUUGUGAAGUUGAAUGCAAAUGUACUGUCAUUCAUAGUGUUUAUAUAAAAAUACCAGGAAUCUUCACUUUUGCUACCUUGAUAUAGCAUUGGGCUAUCAUGUUACAACAUUGAAAUACAUUGAUUUAUUAAAAAUACUUUUAUAAGAAA